AUGGAGGUUGCUGCUAGAUCGGUGUUGUCCAGGAGACUACUCGUUUCCCAGGGCCAGCAGUCAUGGCGGCCUUCUGUGAGCUUGGUUGCGACCAUGCUCCCAACCGAGAACCCGAGCUUCUGCAAACGAAAUUUCACCAGCUCGCGGACGCUCAGGGCAGACAAUUCAUUCCUCAACCUCUCCUCUUCUGCCGGCGGUAGCUCCGUCCCGCCGACCUACUUUUCAAAUCGCCAAUCGCUCCCCGCAAAUACUAUCAUAAGAUUCGUUCCGCAGCAGACGGCGUGGAUCGUCGAGCGCAUGGGAAAAUUCCACAGGAUCUUGGAGCCGGGAUUGGCGAUUUUGAUACCAUUUAUUGAUCGGAUUGCAUACGUGAAAAGUCUGAAGGAGGCGGCGAUUGAGAUUCCGAGCCAGAAUGCUAUCACUGCGGAUAACGUGACGCUGGAGUUGGAUGGAGUGCUCUAUACUAGGGUCUUUGACGCAUACAAGGCUAGUUACGGAGUUGAAGACGCCGAGUACGCCAUUUCGCAAUUGGCACAGACCACCAUGCGUUCCGAAAUUGGUCAAUUGACCCUAGAUCAUGUUCUCAAGGAGCGAGCAAACCUGAACGCGAACAUUUCUCAGGCCAUCAACGAGGCUGCGCAGGACUGGGGCGUUGUGUGCCUCCGUUACGAAAUCCGAGAUAUUCAUGCCCCCGAAGGAGUUGUAGAGGCCAUGCAUCGACAAGUCACCGCCGAGCGAUCUAAAAGAGCCGAAAUUUUGGAAUCCGAGGGUCAAAGGCAGAGUGCAAUUAAUAUUGCAGAGGGUCGCAAACAAUCUAAUGCGCAGGCUGCCGUUAGCCUCUCCGUCGCCGAGAAAUAUGUGGAUGCGUUUGGAAAACUUGCCCGAGAGGGAACUGCAGUUGUCGUUCCCGGGAAUGUUGGGGAUAUGGGUGGCAUGAUCGCAAGCGCUUUGGCUGUGUAUGGCAAGGUCAAUGAAGGUCAGGCCAAAGCCAUUGCCGCAAAAGCGAUUUUACCACAAGAAACAGGGCAAAAAGAUGCGCAGAGCCGACGAACAGACCUUAAUCGCCAUCAGGAAGAAGCCGUUCAACGCGCCCAACAGCCUGAUUCAUCUGUUGCUCAGAAUGAAGUUGCAGAGAGUGUUUUGGAGUCUUUCGAGAAGACGAGCCAUCGUAGGCAGUCCUUGUUUAGAGAGCGGAGGGAUUUGUACGGAAUAAUCAACAUCGCCAUUCCCACGCGAGGACCAAGGCAAAUCGGCCGCUUCGCUGGCUUUUUGAAUUGCAAUCUCCUUUGUGAUGCUCAGAGACUUUUCGCGUUUCCGCUCCUGACCCGGUUUCGAUACCCGCCUCUCCGAAGAAGCAAUCACGCCCUGCCAUGUGAAAAAAAGGAUUAUGAAGUCUACAGCUGCGACAUCUCACCGGAUGGAAAGCGACUGGUAACAGCUGCUGGAGAUGGCCACGUAAGAAUAUGGUCAACUGACGCGAUUUACAAUGCUGCGGACCCGGAGUACGCGGAUAAGCCUAAGCAACUCGCGUCGUUGAGCAAUCACUCGGGCACGAUUCAUACGGUUCGAUUUUCUCCAAACGGAAAGUAUCUCGCGUCUGGCGCCGACGAUAAGAUUGUUUGCGUAUACGUACAUGAGCCGAACGCCCCGUCGCAUACGUCAACAUUCGGAACAAAUGAGCCACCGCCUGUUGAAAACUGGAGAACUAUACGGAGACUGAUAGGCCAUGAUAAUGAUGUUCAGGAUCUAGGAUGGUCCUUUGACUCUUCCAUACUCGUGUCUGUAGGCUUGGACUCGAAAAUCGUAGUCUGGUCCGGACAUACGUUUGAGAAAUUGAAAACUAUUCUCAGCCACCAGAGCCACGUCAAAGGAAUUACCUUUGAUCCUGCCAACAAAUAUUUUGCUACUGCCAGCGAUGACCGCACGAUACGGAUAUUUCGAUUUACGUCCCCUACCCCCAAUUCCACCGCCCACGACCAGAUCCAAAAUUUCGUCCUAGAACAUACAGUGAAGGCGCCGUUUGUGAAUUCUCCUCUUACCACUUACUUCCGGCGUUGUUCCUGGUCCCCAGACGGAAAUCACAUUGCCGCUGCGAAUGCAGUCAACGGGCCGGUCAAUGCGGCCGCUAUCAUAAAUCGCGGAUCUUGGGAUUCCGAUAUCAACUUGAUUGGCCACGAAGCGGCGAUUGAAGUCUGUGCAUUCUCCCCGAGACUAUAUUCACUCACGCCUCCGGUUAAAGGGGCGGUCGAUAACCAGGGCCAUCCUGCCUUGUCUCUCGUGACAGUCAUCGCAUGUGCCGGCGGAGACAAAUCGUUGAGUGUUUGGAUUACGAGCAAUCCCCGCCCCAUUGUAAUUACUCAAGAUUUGUCGGCAAAGGCGAUUUCUGAUCUCUCCUGGAGUCCGGAUGGAAGAAGUUUAUUUGCUACAGCACUUGAUGGCACGAUAUUGGCCGUGCGGUUUGAGGACAAUGAACUUGGCUACCCGAUGCCGAUUGAGGAGAAUGAAAAGUCUCUAACGAAGUUUGGCACAAAUAGAAGAGGCGCUGGUAUUGUUGAAUCUACAGAUGGUCUAUUACUCGAAGAAAGAAGCAAAGCAGGUGAAAUCAAAGGCGUUGAAGGACGCAUGGGAGCCUUGAUGGGCGAUAACCAUGCAUCUACCGAACAAGGCGUCAAUGGUACCUCUGGGGAUUUGACUAAAAAUGGAACUACGUCCGUAGGGACUGCGACACCCACCGGCGCGCAGAAACCGCAACAAAACGGAGCAUCAAAUGGCACACCUGGAGAACAGGAGAAACCAGAUCCUUAUGCAGCCAAGCUAGAGAGGCUGAAACAACGACCAACAUACACAAAAGAUGGCAAGAAGCGCAUUGCACCGCUGUUGGUGUCUGGCGCUGGUGCCACGCAGUCAUCCCUACCCCAGUCCAGAUUAGUUGCCACAUCGGCUGGUGCGCAAGUCGGGAGAGCGGAAGGCCCAGAGACGAUUUUAGAUCUUUCAAAGCCGUUCGAUGGUCUUCCUAAAGGUGGGCUUGCUGCGUUGUUGUUUGGUAACAAACGCAAAUUUGCGCAGAUUGAAGACAACGAGGAGAACUCUGUUGAAAAACGAGUUGCGGCUGCUAGCCACAACGGAUCCAUUCCCAUUCUCGCCAAUGGGCCUGAUGGGCUUGUCCCAGCAACUCCAGCGCCGGAUAGCUUACAACAAACCCCCGAAUUUAUUCGUCCUGCCGUGGUUAAUCCCGUGAUGUCCGUAAGUCAACUAAGACUUGCAGUGCCCAAGGUCAGAAGCCAUAUCCUCCAAGGCAACGAUAGUUUCGGGAAUCCCACCGAGAUAACUGCAGGGGCUGGGGCUUCGCACCAAUCUAAAGCGGACACUAUCUUCGAGGCCCGCAAUCCUUCCAGUGCGAGUUUGACAGGUCGAAUGGCUGAUCGCGAACCUGCCAGGAUAAGCCUCACGCGCGGUGAUCAGCCUCUCUGGCAAGAUUUCUUGCCCAAAGCCGUCCUCCUUGUCACCGGGAACAAAAAAUUCUGGGCUGCUGCCACAGAGGACGGGUCAGUUUAUAUUUGGACCCCGGCAGGGCGUCGCCUCGUCAAUGCCCUUGUCCUAGAAGCGCAGCCUGUAAUCCUUGAAUGUAAGGAGUCCUGGCUGCUUUGCAUAACUGCGGUGGGCAUAUGUUACGUCUGGAAUGUUUCAACUCUCGCCUCCCCUCACCCGCCCGUAUCGCUUGCCUCUGUGCUCGACGCAGCGCUCCACACUAUGACACCCCACCCUACCACGGCACCUUCUAUCAUUGCCGCUCGAAUCAGCUCUCAAGGCCGAGUAAUUGUUGCUUUAUCUAAUGGGGAUGGGUAUAGUUACAAUCCUUCGUUAUAUACCUGGCAGCGACUGUCUGAGCCGUGGUUCGCUGUAGCUAGUCAGUAUUGGAACACCACUGAUUCCUCAGUCGGUGAUUUGCAGCUGGCAUCCGACCAGACUGGGCAAAAUUCGAAAGUUCCCGUGUCUGCUGGAAUUAUUCCGUUCCUGGAGAGGAACACUACACAUGAAAUCCUUACGCGUGGGCGUGGAUAUUUCUUACAGCGACUAAUCAAGAUUUUGCUUUCGAAGGAAGGGUUUGAGAGCUUUGAAGCGGGUGCGUCCAUUGCACAUCUGGAGAACCGUGUUGCCGCUGCACUUUCCUUGGGGGCAAAGGAGGAAUUUCGCUUGUAUCUCUCGAUGUACGCAAAGCGCCUCGGGGCUGAAGGCCUGAAGCUGAAAACGGAAGAACUGUUGGAAGGCCUCCUUGGCGGUAUUUUCUCAGACUGUGAAAAGGAGAAGCCCGAAGGCUCAAAUGAAGGGCCAUGGGAAAGUGAAUCGGACAAUCUCUGUGGUUGGCCACGGCGUGAAUUGCUGAAAGAAGUGGUGCUAGCUCUCGGUCCGUUUGCCCUCAUGACCCCUCCGUUGUUGAAGCCAGCUGGUUAUACUGACUCGUGA